UUCGUCAGCCAUGUGGAUGGUGGGGAAGUAAUCCUGAAACUGCGUUUAUAAAACCUGAACGAGAGAAAUAAACCCGCGUGCCCAGAGAAGAGGAGGAAUGUGUCGGGCCAGCUGUCAAAAGUAAAACACCACCAAGUAGCUGAUAAACAAAAGUUAGCUACGUAGUCCGGUUUGGAAGCUAACUUAGCUAAACUUAGUUCGCCAUGGCUUUGUACAUGAAAGCUGCUGAGAUCUUGGAGAAAGCCGAGAGCAAACAGGGCGCCGUGAAAACUCUGGUUUACGACAGCAAAUUUGCGAACAUCAAGCAGCUGUUCGCUCUGGUUUGUGAGACCCAGAAGUUCUCCUCCGUCCUGGAGGAGAUCAUCAACUCCACCAAGCUGCUCAAACACACCAAGCUGAGGAUGCACCUGGCCAAGGUGCUGGUGCACGACCUGCUGAUGGGCCAGGGGCUGAAGUGCGGCGGCUCAUGGAAGGUCACGAUGAUGAAGCAUCGCCCCAGACUGCAGGCGGCGCUGGCCCGCAUGAAGGUGAAGAGGAAGGUGAGCAAGAAUGAAGAUCUGCUUCCGGCCAGCAUCCAGCAGCUCGUCGGGGUCCAGCUGCCCAGGUAUGUGCGUGUGAACACCCUGAAGACCACCGUGGAGGAUGCUGUGGACUACCUAAAGAGGGAUGGUUUCUCCUUCCUGGGACAGGUCUCCGGGUUGGAUGACUUGACCCUGAAGGGGAGACACUUUGUGAGAGACAUGCACCUGCCAGAGCUGCUGGUCUUCUCUCCUAAGACGGACUUCCAUGACCACUUCCUGUACAAGGCUGGCCACAUCAUUCUGCAGGACAAAGCCAGCUGCCUCCCUGCCUACCUCCUCAACCCCCCACCUGGCAGUCACGUCAUCGAUGCCUGCGCCGCCCCCGGCAACAAAUCCAGCCACCUGGCAGCCAUCAUGGAGAACAAGGGCAGGCUUUUUGCCUUUGAUUUGGAUGCCAAGCGUCUGGCCACCAUGUCCACUCUCCUGCUCCGAGCCGGGGUCACCUGUCAGCAGCUGGCCAACCAGGACUUCCUGAAGGUGGACCCUGACAGCCCGCAGUUUAAAGAUGUUGAGUAUAUCCUGCUGGAUCCAUCCUGCAGCGGAUCAGGUAUGGUGUGUCUCCGGGACAAUGGCUCCUCCGCCGACCAGGAGGCAGAUCAGGCUCGCCUGGCCUCCUUGGCCUCCUUCCAGCUGCGGUGCCUGAACCACGGCCUCAGGUUCCCUCGCCUGAAGCGCUUGGUCUACUCCACCUGCUCCGUCCACAGCCAGGAGAACGAGGAAGUCGUAACAGCCUGUCUGCAGCAGAACCCCGGCUUCAGGUUGGUUCCUCUGCUGGCUCAGUGGCCUGAGCGAGGCCUGGAGCCGCUCGGUCAGUGUCUGCGUGCCAGCACCACCAAGACCCGCACACACGGCUUCUUCGUGGCUCUGCUGGAGAAACACACUGAGGCUGGGAAUAGGAAGCAAGAGCCAGUGGUUCAGAUAAGCGAGCUGGAGGCGACGCCACGCAGCCCAUCCACCUGUGAGGAGAGACCUGCAGCUUCAGAAGAAGAGGCCGAAGCUUCAGAGACCGAGGACAGACCGACAGCUGGAGAGGGGCAGGCUGACAGUACACCUGGCAAGAAGAAGAGGAAGAGGAAGAAGAAGACCAAGGCAGCAACAGUGGCGUGAUGAGACAUUUAAACUGGGACUGCUACAGCAUGUUGUCUGGAGGCUCUGUGUAGGGUGUUUUGAAUGUAACUGAAAAGUAAAGAUGAUAUUUUUA